ACUCAGACGCUUCUCCUGACAAAGGGGGAUGUGAUUACAGGUUGUUUCUCCUCUCUGCUCUCUCGCUCUUUUUUUUCUCUCCGUUUAUUUCAGAAAGAAAGACCUCCCUUUCUACUCACACCUGCUUUUUUUUUCCUUUUUAGCUUUUUUUCCUUUUUCUCUAAUUUUUUUCAGCUUUUGUGUUACUGCCAAAUCAUUUUUUUUUAUUUUUUUUUUUAAGGGGAAGGAGAGGUUAGUGUGCCAGCGCUCCGGUGUGUGUGUGUGUGCACACACGGUUAAUGGAAUGCGCAGACAUCCCCUUGUUGCUGUGUGCUUGACAGCUCUCUCUGGAGUGUGACAUGCCAGUGACUGGAGCUCCUCUACCUUAGUAAGGACCUCCGUGGUGGGGGGUAGGGAACGCAGGAGAACCGCUCAGGAAGAGAGAGAGAGAGAGAGAGAGAGAGACUGAGGGAGGGAGAGGGAAGGAGAGAAGGAGAGGGCACCUGUUCCUGCUAUGACCUGGCUGUCACCAUGGAUAUUAACCUGCAGUCCCACCGAUUCUACUUCCCCCAAAUCUACUGUGAUGCCGGCGUUCAAGUCACUGAGUUCAAAGUCAGUGAGCAGAGCAUUUGCCAGGCCCGUGCCUCCGUGAUGGUGUACGAUGACACCAGCAAGAAGUGGGUCCCCAUCAAGCCUGGCCAGCAGGGCUUCAGCCGCAUUAACAUCUACCACAACACUGCCAACAACACCUUCCGCGUGGUCGGGGUCAAGCUGCAGGACCAGCAGGUUGUCAUUAACUACUCCAUAGUGAAGGGUCUGAAGUACAACCAGGCCACGCCCACCUUCCACCAGUGGCGCGAUGCCCGGCAGGUCUACGGCCUCAACUUCGCCAGCAAGGAGGAGGCCACCACCUUCUCCAAUGCCAUGCUGUUUGCCCUCAACGUGCUCAGCACCCAGGACGGAGGCCCAGCUGUCCAGCGCCAUGUCCAGAAUGGGCCCACCUCAGAGGAGCUGGAGGCACAGAGAAGGCAGAUGGAGAUGCAGCAGCAGCAGCAGCAGCAGAUGCAGGCGCACAUGGAGAGGGAGCGACGAGCAUCCAACUCAGGUUCCCCAUUUUCAGGACACCCCGCUGUGCUCUCGGUGGCGCCCCCUACUGUCAUGCCUCCGCCCAUGCAGCCGUUGUCUCUGGGAGGGCCCUGUCCGCCGCCUCCACCCCCUCCAGGGCCCCCGCCCCCAUCGGCCGGGGCGCCCCCGCCCCCGCCCCCACUCCCCAUGGGUGAUGCGUCCGCACCCACCGGCCUGGCGGCCAUGAUCGCCGGAGCCAAGCUGCGCCGCGUCCAGAGGCCGCCCGAGGAGAAUACUGCUGCCAAAAACGAUGCCAACCGAACGAGUGGCGGUAGCGGAGGUCUGAUGGAAGAAAUGAACGCCCUGUUGGCGCGAAGACGGAAAGCGUGUGAAACACCGGAGAAGAAAGACGAGGACAGCCAAAAUGACGACCCCAACUCCCCCUCUCCCAUGUCCAGGGGCCAGAAUGCCACAGACGGCGUGAAGAAGCCGUGGGACCGGGCCAACUCUGCUGAGCGCUCGUCGCUAGUAUCAAAGGUUCGGCCUGUGGGGAGCACCAGUGACACAGACGCCUUAGACUUGGACAGAAUGAAACAGGAGAUAUUGGAGGAAGUUGUCCGUGAGUUGCACAAGGUGAAGGACGAGAUCAUCGAUGCCAUUAGACACGAAUUGAGUCGAAUCAGCACGACAUAAUCCUCUGGACCCAGGUGACCCACCUGAGACCCACUCCACCCCACCCCACCCUCCACCCCCACACCAGGACCUGCUGUAGCCCUGAAGAGGAAGGGAUCGUCGCCGUGGCGACUGCCCGGCAGGCUGUCUGUAAAUCACGGCGGCUGUUCUGUGAAAGAAUCAUGGUACCAUUCCUUCCUCCGAUACGACAGAAACAUUCUUUUGGUAGCCCCCAGUUUGGAACAGUGUAGAAGGAUACAGGACACUUGCACUGGUUUCUGUUUUUGGCUCGUAGUUUUAUUUGUUUUCAUUUUUCAAACAAAUUGAACCUCAAAGACCGUCUUUUCAACACGUCUUAAGGAAAUUUAAGUAAAUCUGAACAUCUUGCUUUUAUUAUUUUGUUGUAUUUUUGUUUUAUUAUUAUUGUUAUUAUUAUUAUUAUUAUUAUUAGUUUAUGUAGUGGUGUAUAUGUAUGUAGUGGUAGAUUUAGUGCUGACAAAAAUAAUAUAAUUCUAUUAAUAAUAUUACUGCUAAUAAUAAUAAUAAUGAUGAUAAUAAUAAUAAUGUUGUUGCACAUCAUUUAAUGUUAGCCUUUUAUAUUUUAUAUUUGGUCUCAUUUUCCUCUGGUUGUGUUUCCAAGUACAAUUAUAAGCACAUUCUGAUUUCGUUCUCAUCAUCUUGGACCGUGAGAUUUGUAAAAGAGUUUUUUAUCCUUUUGCCAACACAGAUGUGUGUGGGAAUCACUGGCAGAGAAUUUUUAAAAACAAGUUUGAACCCGAUAUUAAACUAUGGGAAAUGACGUGUUGCUUUUUGAAUAUUGCAAAUCUUAUGGAUGAAAAAAAAAGACAAAAAAUCAGUACCCCAGAGUAUUUGUGAUCAUGUUGUUAAUAAAAAAAAAAUGUUUAUUGGCUGCAAGGAUAUGUAUUGUUCGUUUAUUUCCCCUUUUUGACCAAGUGCUUCCUGGUUUUAAAAACAAAAAUCGUUACACAAAAUGAAUUCAAAUAAAGCUGUGAACAAUG